AUGAAAAUUACCGAUUUGGAUCACGAUUCACUAGAUAACAUUCUUUCCUAUUGUCCCCAUCGGGCAUGUUAUGAAAUUCAAUCGAUGCGAGAAACAUGUUCGGGAUGGAAUUUAUUAUUUCGAGGUGGAGGUGGAGAAAAUACAAAUUUAAUAGGGAACAAUGGAGCGGAAUUGAUCGGAGAAGGAAAUUCACUGGGAAAGAUGGUGAAGGAGAGUGUUAGAAGUUCAAAUUUGAUGAAACGAGUGGAGGAAAUGUAUUUGCCUCGAGUGCACUUUCGUAUUUCUGUGCCAGUUAGUAAUGAUGAUAGUGAAUUGGAUUCAGAAAUUGUUGAUGAUCAAUCGAUUUAUUGGGAAUAUGUUCAGGAAUUUAAAAAGAUAUUUGGGGAUUCUGUUAGAAUAGUUUCGGAUUCAGAGUUGGAAAUUGAUUUUGAAAUGGAAGAAAGUGUACUGCAGAAUUUGGAAGAGGUAAUUGAAAAGGAUGUUGCUGUUAAAAAGAAGGAGGACUUGGUGACCUAUCUCACAAAUCGCUCAAUCAAUGUUGAUACUUGCAAACUUUAUCAUGUUGUGAAAAAAAUCGAACAUGAAGAGAGAGAACUAUCGAAACACAUUACAUUGGUUGACUUGUUUAAUGAUUGGAAGAAUCAACCUAUUUUGAAUAAGGAAAUGAAAGUGAAUCCAUGUAGAUUAUACAAGAAGGUCAUUCUUCAUUUAAUAUUUACUAAUACCUAUGAUACCAAUACGAAAGAUAUUCAUUUAAGCAGAGAAUCAACAAUAAUUGCUUCAAAUAGACGUGCAAAGGGAUUUAUAUUUCCAUACCGUACUAGAGAUGAAAUUAAUUUCAGUUGGGGAAGUGUUAGUAUGGAUUACGAAGUAAUUUACAAAUUUAAAAGUAGGAAUGAAUCAGUAGAAGAUAGAACGAGAAUAAUUGUGUACCAUUUACUGAGAAACAAAUUAAUUCCUGUAAUGAAUGAGACACUCAUUGAUUUGAAAAAAUUAUUUAGAAAGGACUUGUUGAACUAUGUCAAAACUUUGGAAAGUGAGGAGGAUUUAUAUUACUUCCUCACUGUGAGGGAGAAUAUUUUGAAAAGAUAUAGAGAUGGGCUCUUGAGUGGAAAGAUCAAAUUUCCAGAUUUUACAAAUGACAAGUUUAAUUUCCAAGUUGACAGUUUCAUUAUUCCACAAUUUCUAAAUCUCGUUGGAUUAGAAAGUAUGGACAAUAAGCAACGAGGACAAUUCCUCAAACAAUUAUUGAAACACAUUUACAAAUCUCAAGUAUUACUUUCAGAUGAAGCCCUAGAGGAAUAUUUUGAAAAAAUGCAAAUUGAGAGAAGAGAAAAAUUUGCCAUUACAGAAACUGAACGAUUGAAUGUUAGUUUCGAGAGAAUAUUCUUUGAAAGAGAAACGUCUACCAUUUUUCAUCAUUUAGUUUCCUUUCCCUCCUUUCCUUCAAUUAGUUUAGAGAAAAUUGAUGAAGAUAUUCCAAAAGAACAAACUCUAACCAAAUUGACCAGUACUGGUCAAAUUGACAAAUGUUGGACACGAGCAUGUUGCAUGAAUAGGGUAUGUGGAAUCUGUAAUUGUUGUGCAAUAUUAUCAUGUUGGUGUGCAACCAGUUGUUGCUGUUACACUCAAGAUUCGAAUGCUGAUACAGUUCAAACAGUAAGAGGAUUAGGAUUACCAACAUGGGUUGGAUGGAUGUUCAAUUGUAUCUGUUGUUAUAGACAUCGAAUAUUUCCAAUGUUGGAUUGUUUCAAUUGUGUUAAUCAAUGCUUUACUGUUAAAGAUGGAGUGGAUGGUGUUGAAUAUAGAUAUCAGCGUAUGUAUCUAGAAAAGAAAAACAUGUAA